AUGGCAGGUGUCGUGGUCACGGACCUGGGCAGGAGGCCAGAGAUCCCCAGCGGGCGCCCCGCUCUCAGUCCACAGCUGGGCCCCGAGGGCCUGCCGCCUUUGCCCGAGAUACACUCAAACACCAUCCGCACCCAAGUCUUCACGCACCGCAGCUAUUUUGCGCGUCCCACUCACAUCUUCGAGGAUACGCCCGAGGACCCCAGUCCCGACAACGAGAUGCUGGAACAUCUCGGCGACACGGUGCUGAAUUUGAUCGUGACGGACCUGAUCAGGUCGGAUUACCCUUAUCUGCGCGUCGGACCCUCCACGAAAGUACGAGCUCUCGUGGUCGGCAAUCCGACCCUAGCCUCGAUUUCCGUCCGGUAUCAGCUCCCGGAACGCUUGCUCAUGCACCCUGCCCAAGCAAUCACGUUGAAAGCCUCUACUAACAUUCAAGGUACAGCCUACAUAGGCGGCGUCUACUCUGACCGCGGCCUGCAAAUUAUCAAGCCGUGGCUCUGCCCGCUCUUCCGGCCCUACAUCGCCGAGGCGUACCGGCACGUCCGCGUGCAGCACGGGCUCUCGCCGGAUCCCACGCCGCCUGCCACGCCGCUGUCCCCGGGCGGCGGACGCCCCGCGCCGUCGCACUCGUCCGCGACCAUCGGGCACCUCUCGCUCUUCAACCAGCACCUGCAGCAGCAGGGCAAGACGAUCGAGUGGGUGUGGCGCGACAGCGAGGGCCAGGGCACGCGCACGACGCCGAUCUGGGUCGUGCAGGCGAUCGUCGGCGAGGACUGCGUCGGGCGCGGGCGCGGGAGCACGAAGAAGGCCGCGAAGAACGAGGCCGCCAAGGAGGGCCUCGCGCGCCUGGGGAUCAACGUCUCCCCGCCUAUGGGCCAUAUUCCCAUUUCAGCAUCUUCUCUCUAG